AUGAAUGAGUUCUUUGAGAAGCGGGGGUUGGUUUGGGAAGAGUGGCGCCUUGCGCUUACAUUCGAUAACCUGCUGUGCGCAGCUGCCUUCAGCGGGCUGUUGGCUGCAGUUAUAUCGUUGGCCAUCCAGAUAGUAUUCACUGUCUCAUUGGUUGGACUGCGGGACAUGGGUUCGAAGGUCAACUGGGUCCCAGCAGUUGACGCGGCUAUGCAGGUGUUUAUACACAUUUUCAUGAGGAUGAAACAGAUGCGCAGGCUCAAUCAACUGAGGAGCAACUGCGUAUAUGUGGUUUUUGCAGUCUAUAAACUACUAUUCAGGGUUAGACGCAAUGUCAUCUGA